AUGAUCUCCAACACCAUGAGCUUGAUGGCGGUCUUGGCAAUCCUCGCCGGGGUUCAGGCCAGCACCUGCAGACUCACCUCUCGAUCGACUACUUGGACCGCACCCAGCAAGACCGUGGCCGAGGCCGCCUCCUCCUCCACAUUGGAUGUCUAUCCUGAUGUGUUUGAGACAUCCGUUACCGUCUCGACGACUAGCUCCUACUCCGACCUGAAGGAUACUUUCCUUACCGUCUCCACUACCGGUUCCACGACAACUGCGGAGCCCACAUCCUCGCCGGGUGUCUUGCCAAGGUUCGAGAAUGAAGGACCGGCGUUCAACAAGGCAAAUAUCAAGUACAAUCCUAACAACGAGUUCAUCUUCCCCAGCGUCUUCGAUGCCAGCCUCUACUUCGGAGAGGCCGCUCUCGCAAAAUGGUACUUAUACUACGCGCCGCACGACAACCCCGGAGGUAUCUCAUUCGUAUACUCCGAUAAUCUUGACGGGCCAUGGAUCGAGUACCAGAGCAACCCAGUCAUCUCUAGGGACUGGCCUGCGCUGGGUAACCCGCGGCCUGGGCAUGUCUCCAGCGCCGACGCAGUCUGGAACGAGGAAGAGCAAAAGAUGUACAUGUACUUUCAUGGCGACAACAGCGUCACCCGCUGGGCUACAUCAGAAGAUGGCAUCAACUUCGAUUACGGCGGUAUUGCGGUUAGCAACUCUGACGCGCCUGUUACCACUACUGAGUCAAGUUACGCUCGCGUCUUCCGCCACCCCGACCCCGACUCUGAAUAUACCUGGGCGAUGUUCUACAUGGUCAACGAGCCCAACAACAUCCGAAAGAUUAGGCUCGCCGAGUCCUUUAACGGAGAAGACUGGACGGUCGCUCAUGACUAUGUUGUCAGCGAGCCCGGCGCUAACGUCUCUGGUGGCAACCUCUGGGACUGGGACGGCCAGCGCUACGUCGUCUAUCACAGGGAGCCUGGCAAGAUCUACGCCCGAACCAUUGAUAAAACCCUGCGGGAUGUGGGAACCGAGGCUGUCGUGCUCUUUGAGGCCAGCGAGCGUGUUGCUGCUCCUUACUUUGUUACAGAGAAUGGCACGACGCACAUGUUUUAUGAGCUAGGUGCUCGGUCAUCGACUAGCAUUGCAUAUGCUACCUUUGGGGGACUUUAA